AUGUAUUUUGGUGCAGCGGAGGUUUAUUCUCCAGCAGAAUCUCCCAAACCGGGAAGGGCUUUUUCCGGCUUUCCGGAUGUUCAGCUAAGAGAUCCCCUACCAACCGCCUGGUUGCUACAAGCGCUAGCUGAAUUUCUGAUUCACAUAGGUCAACGAUGGCUUUUGCUUAAAAGAGAAGGAAAAGCCCACCACACUGAAUCCCAUCUCCGGGCGAAUGGCAUCCAGUGGAUUGCAAAACACCAUUUAUCGGACCAAAAAGACACGUCAACGGCUCGCCAUGGAUUGUCUCAUGCUCUACACCUACCGCUCUCCACCAAAGCAGACCUUCACGCUCUUUUCGGAGUUGGUUGGCGCUCCAAUUGCCACAUGAUCGCAUUGCAGGAUACGAAAUUUAAGAAGACGGAGAUGAUGCAGCCGAGGUGGCACACCUUCAUUUGUGGUGAGAAAACUCCAUCAGAAAACGUUGGAGUUGCCGUAAACCCAUCUCUUGCCCUCUUUUCGAUUUGCAUGAGAUCCUAUCACCUCGACUAG